AUGAAGGCCUUUAAGGCGUUUCUCGCAACCUGCUCACUCGUCUGUGGCAUUUUUGCCUUGGACGUUACGCUGUAUGGCGUUGAAGCACCUCAGCCUGUCGGGAACUUUGCCACGACUGUCAGCGCUGGUACGGUGCUUGGAGCUUCGCCCAUAGGCGUUGCAAAUGAUGGCGGGACGGUCUACGUUAUAACUGAAGUUCAAAGCUUGAUGGUCUAUCAGAACACGCAAACUACCCAAACCGUUCUGAGCACGCCCACAACCAUCACCUAUAAUUUUAAGGCAGACUCCACGAAAGUAGAACAGGACAUUGCAGUCACGUUCUCUGGAGUAGUGGGUCUUGGGCGCGCCUCGUGUUUACUUGAUGGAGACGGCGGUGGGCAGUGCGGUGCAGAGAUUAUUGCGGAUUUGGCUGGCGUCAACAACCCUAUGACGGUUCUUAGCACGAGCUACACAGGCAAGGCACAACCGUUCUUCACCCUUAACAACGUCCAAACACGGGGUAUGUCUUCUCUGGGAGACUGGAGCUUCUCCGUCCCAUCCCCAGCGAGCCAGACAACGCCUCGAGCCACAAAUUCGUCUGGUUCUUCUUUCAGGCCUCGGGCAAUGUGGUUUUUUAUGUGGACGUUCUACGUGUUGUACGCCUUGUUUUAA